AUGGCACCGCCCACAGGAAAGCGCGUCAAGGGCGUUCAAAUAUUCCGACCCUUUGUCUACGGAACAACAGCACGACCCUUCGACGAAAAGACAAACCCCAAACCGGCCGGCGUUCCAGAUGAUCACACGCACUCCUGGACCGUCUUCAUCAAGGGCAUUGACAAUGUCGACAUUACCUACUGGCUUAGGCGCGUUCAGUUCAAGCUUCACGAGUCCAUCCCAAAUCAUGUUCGCAUGGUAGAAGGAAUCAAAGGCCAACCCUUCCAAAUACACGAGACCGGCUGGGGUGAAUUCGAAAUCACCAUGAAGCUCUACUACGUCCCCGAAUCCUCCGAGAAGCCCCAGACGCUCUAUCAUCACCUGCGGCUGCACCCGUUCGGCCGCACCGAAGAAGAGAAGGAAGCCAUGCGCCUCAACGGCGGCGAGGUCAUCUCGUGGGUGUACGAGGAACAGAUCUUCAACGAGCCCUACGAGCCCUUUUACGACAUCCUCAUCUCGGGCGCGCUCCCACCCUCGGCCCCGACGCUAAAAGACGGCGGCGGUGGUGGUGGUGGUAGUGGUGCCGCGACGCCGACCAGCGCGAACACGCCCGGGGCGAGCAGUAAUAAGGGUGGAAACAAAAAGGGUCACGAGAGGAGUCACUCGCGGGCGAGUGUGAGCACGAACAAGGACGGGAAGAAUAAUGAGCCCAAAGAGGAGCCGUUUGUCAUGCAAAGGUCCGAGGGAGGUGUAUUGGAGCGGAGCGCGAUAAUUCCGCUAGUCAAUAGGCCGGGCCAUCCGUUCAGUCGGGAGACGGAGCAGUUGGAGAUUCAGAAGCUCAAGGAGGCGAUGGUGAAGGUGGAUGAGAUGAGGAAGCAUAUGCUGGAGGAGAUGGAGAAGAAGCAGAAGCGGCUCGAAGCACUGAGGGCGGAAAACGCAAAGGCUGCUUAG